AUGUUUCGUUUUCUUUGUAGAACAACAGGAAAACUAAUUGCUGAUAGGGAUUUAGCUCUGAAUCUCACUACUACUCAACUGGGUUUUUCUCAAAAUAGGACCAGGAGUUUAUCUAGUACGAAACUGUCAAACUCAAAGACUGUUAGGUUUCUUUCAUCAUCUUCGCAUGUAGAGAAGAGAUCGUUAAAAACUAAACAAAGUGAACACGAAGAGUCUUUGACAGUUUCAUACUUGGUAAACUCAUGUGGGUUGUCUUUAAAAUCUGCUCUUUCCUCUUCUAAGUUGAUUCAAUUGAAGAACACUGAAAGAGCGGACUCAGUUCUUAGGUUUUUCAGCGACCAUGGUUUCACCGAAACCCAGAUCUCUAAAGUUGUGAGAUCACACCCACGAGUCAUUUCAAGUGAUCCCGAAAUGACACUUUCGCCCAAGAUUGAGUUUUUCCGUUCUAUAGGGGUUUCAAGUAGUGAACUAGCAAAGAUCAUAGCAAACAGUCCAGCAUUUUUAUCUAUGAGUUUAAAGAAUCGUCUUAUCCCCAAUUACAGUUUCCUCAGGAGUGUUGUCAUUCACGACGAAAAAAUUGUCAGAGUUUUGAAGCGCAUGGGACAAGGAUUUUUACAGGAUUUAAGGAGUAAAAAUUUUGGUCAAAAUAUAGCUCUUUUGAAAGUUAUUGGUGUGCCUCAAUCUCGAAUUUCUUUUUUUGUAACUAGUAAACCAAACGUAGCAUGUUCCAAACAUUCUAAAUUCUGCAAGGUUGUCAAUAAGGUUGAGGAAAUGGGAUUUAAUCCCACACGAACUGUGUUUGUUCUGGCAGUUGGAACAAUUGCCCAAUUGAAGGAAUCGGUUUGGGAAUCUAAGUUUGAGGUUUAUAAGAGGUGGGGUUGGUCUGAGGAUGAGACUCUUGCUGCAUUCAGAAGGCAUCCAUAUUGUAUGCAACUAUCUGAGGAGAAGAUUACAAGAACUAUGGACUUCCUUGUUAACAAAAUGGGUUACUUGUCACAAAAUAUUUCCAAAUGGCCAACUGUUCUCUUCUUCAGCUUGGAGAAGAGGAUUGCGCCAAGGUGUUUUAUUAUUCAGGUUCUGCUCUCCAAAGGAUUGAUCAAAGAAAAUAUAUGUCCAGUCUCUUUCUUAUUACAUGGACAGAGCAAAUUUAUUAAGAAGUAUGUAACCAAAUUUCAAGAAGAAGUUCCUGAGUUAUUAGAUGUAUAUCAGGGCAAAAUCAAUCUUCCGGAUGCCUCCCCUGGAUUUCAGAGGCAUGUAAAUGAAACAGGUUUAACUCUUUGA